AUGGGAAGCGGGUUUGCAGAGGAGGCGGCAUCGCCGUCGUCGCCUCCAUCUGUGGAGCAGCUGAGCCCCUUCACCUGGUGGCGUUACGAGGGAUGCGCUGGUAGUUACGGCACAAUCAUCGUCUCGACCACCUGCUUCGUCCUGUUUGAGCUGGUGUGGUUUGUCGUGUGCCAGCGGCUCAUCCGCACCGUCAUCAACAGGCAGAUGCGAUGUCGGCUGCGCAUAGUGCAGAUCACCUACCUCACGGCGCCGCCGCUGAUCAUCGUCGUGCGCGCUCUGCUCAUCUUUUUCAAAGGCGAUUGGUUCAUCACUCGGCGAUUGCUCAAGAUGGCCGAGACGGCCGUUACUCUGCUCGCGGCGCUCGUCGCCGUUUACUCGCUUAUUUUGCGACCUGUGCGCGACGGCAGCGAUCAGGCAAAGGAGGCGGUGCAACCGGCGCCGCAGUCAGACCUGCCAACAGCGAGAGCGACGCAGCUAUCGCAGCCACCGCCGCCGCCGAUGGCAGCGAAGGCGUAG